CGCACCUCUCGCUGGGCCACCGGCGUACAUAUUCAUGACAGCUACAGACUAUUAUCUAGUAGUUCAUCUAACAGGAAACUAAUAACACUUUCAACUAACAAGAAGAACUUUAAUCUCUUUUAAGAUUCAAAAGCAUAACCGGUAGAGUGUGAGUCUUUCUUUAACAAUGACUAUUCAGUCUACCAUCAACAAAGAAGUCUUCAUCCCCUGUAAUGAACGGAUGCUGGUGGCUGUAGAAGUACAGAGAAGAAAAAAGAAGAGGAUGUCUUUCCUUUCUCCUGGAUCCAAAGGAAACUAUGCAACAUUCAUUUGUGUUUCAGUGACCAACACGAGGCCACAGCAGCUCCUCAUUUCAAAGGUGAAGCACUUUAGCGACUCCUUGGCCUUUACAAGGACAUCACAAUGGAUGGUGGAGCAGCUACAACAGGUCGACGGCAUUAAUCCCGACAAGGAUAGCCCUGAAUUUGACCUGGUAUUUAUCAACGCUGUGGAUCAGUGGGCAGCCAGCACGGCGGCAGAAAAGUGCAUUCUUGUCCACGUUCUGUAUCGUGCCUGCCAAACCUACUGGGGGGCCAAGACAGGAAGUCAUGUCAAGGUGAAACGCAAGGGUUCACACCAGGUUGGAGUUGUCGAUCCCAGUGAUUCCUCACCAGGGCCUUCAUCUGGAAGGACACAGGCACGACGUAAAAGCUUAGUUGUACCCAGACUGCCAGAGUUCAUCAACUGUGCUUCCAAACUCACAAAAGAUUCCUCCAACAUGACUUUGUUCAUCUAUCGCUGCAAAGCGCUCUUGGUUCAUAUGAGGAACAAGAUGAAUGCAAAGCAAAGGAGGGCAAAAAAUAGAGUCCCUCAGAUAAAAAUGUCUCUGGGAGAGCGCGGGGAUAAACUGACUGAAGCUGAAGACAAGACUGUCGGACUGGUACACACAACCAAGCAGCUUGCAGACAUUGCUCAUAAGAUUGCCUUGAAACGUGCAAAAUAGAAUUCUAUGGACCAUUGCAGGAGGAUGGAUAUGCUGCCUACGUCACACAUGCCUAAUUACCUAAUUCAAACAUUUAUGAUUUGUAUGUUGUCACUUUAUGUAUUCAGAAUGACAGCUUUAGAACUUGUGUGCACUUAAGGGACAAGACUAUGAUGCUUAUAUAUAUAUAUAUAUAUAAGGGCUGUCAAACGAUUAACAUUUUUAAUCGAGUUAAUUAUAGCUUAAAACAUGCCAUAUUUUUCUGUAAAUUAUGUAUAUAUUCUGUAAAAUAAAUUGUUGGAAUGGAAAGAUAAGACAAGAUGGAUAUAUACAUUCAACAUACGGUACAUAAGGACUGUAGUGGGCAUUUCACUCUACUGUCAUUUAAAUCUGUCUAUGCUGUCCUCACUCCGAAGCGUCUACUUUUCCAAAGCUAGACAGCUAGUGAACGACGCCUUAAUAAUCAGACUUCUUCCUUUUUCAUCUGAUUUAUUAAUAAAAUGGCCUCAAACCAUUGUCCUCUUUAGACCGUUGUAAAACUACAAAAAAAAGUACACAAGCAUUGCAUUAGCAACAACGUUAGCUUAGCACGCCAUACAGGUUCACUAAACAUAAACAAAAAGCGUCUCAUACAAAAAAUAUAACAUUUCGCUUACUAACAUAAUAUGUACAUUCUUUACAACAACCAUACUUACGGACAAAUCCUGUCCAAGGAUCAUAUAAGCACAACAUUACAACGUAGGCGUCAGCCCGAGACGUCGUGCAGCCAUAUUGAACUGGCAAGAACACAAUAAACCAUGUCGCAAAGUGACCACAAGAGUUCGCUGUUAGACAGCACAAAAAGCCUUGCUGUAAAACUUACCAAAAGGCAGAAUACUGUCUGAGCGGGACAUAUGCGUUAAUUGCGUCAAAUAUUUUAACGUGAUUAAUUAAAAAAAUUAAUUACCGCACGUUAACGCGAUAAUUUUGACAGCCCUAACAUAUAUAUAUACAUACAUAUACUGUGCCUGUCAUCAGAUAAACCUUUUUGUUGUAAAAUUAGCUUUUGGACAGCUUGAAACAAAGCGCCAAAUCUACCAGAGUGCAUGUUGUUGUCACAACUCAUGGUUGUGUAAUGCUGUGGAAUUGUAUUUUGUCCCAAAUGUCUCUGUCCAUGUUCCCUGAACAUUAGUCCACCUGUCAGUUAUUGUGUAUAUCGUCUGCUGAUCAUGGCGACUAGUCUUUGUGUCUGUGUGAUGUAUGUCUUGUCUAUGUGAAGUAAAUUGAGUACAGUAUGUUGAGCAGUGGUGGAAAUUGAAGAUCCGUGAGUGUACGAAGUUAAAAAUAAUAAAUAAAUGUUUUAAUAACUGUAUGUCUGGAUUACUGAGCUUGAAUAGCAGGGCCACCCCAAAAAUGACAGUAUUGUUUUUUUUUUUUAACAUAUUGUAUAUUUUGUAAAUAUUGUAUUUUCACAUCUAGAAACCAAUGAGCUUUGCCUCACUCUGUAGCGCUGCUAGCACAGACUUGUAUGGAUGUAGUAGUGGGGGAGUCAGUCAAUGGGGUUACCAGCUAUUUACGAAGCUCAUGCUGUUUUUUUGUUUAACUUUCAGUGCGUAUGACACCAAAAAGCAUGUUUACUUCAUAUUUCACAUGGUGUUUUAUUUAUGAAUGAAAUGGACUGCUUGGAUGUGUCUGGAAGCGAUCGUUUUAUAGACCCCAAUCACCAACGUCACACAAUCACGUGAUCGCUGUAUUGUGCCGCCAUAUUGUUCGUUAUUGUGUGUCGUAUUGUCAAUGAUCGUAGUUUGUAAAGGUGCAAAUUAUGGAAGCCCUGGUGCUUUCAGACGCUGUAAACUGAUUGGAUGAGUUGCAUAAAAGCCGUUAUUUGGAAAAGCUUUGGUCGAUCCAGUCGCCAGAUCCAUAUUUGAUGCGCAAACCGAUGUUUCCUCCCGUCCGGUCCCAUCCCGUGCGUCAGAGCUCGUCCUGAGACCACAAAAUUUCCAAUCAUACUCCAGUUUAUGUCACGAUGAGGAGUCGAGUGCCCAAAAUUGGCACCGGCCUGAAUAUAAACCGACAUUUGGUCAGCUGAGUGUCACCGUUGUCACGAUUGUAAAGUGAAAUUUGAUCGACAACGGGCCGGUGUGUGCCGAAAAAUAGUGUCCCCGCGUGAAAUGUUCGCCAUGCCGGUAGCGCAUAUUUAUAACGCUUUAUUGACGUGAAAACAUCAAAUGUUUUCAUGGACGCAUUACAGUAAUGGAUUUACGACUGUAAGAUCAGUUUUAAAUAAUUAAAUUACACAAAAUAUUAGUAAUGUAUUUUAGUAACAAUUCGUGGACUGGGCCACAUAACCGUCUUUGAACAGAAAUGUAUUAGUCUACAGGUUUUCACGACCAUAUCCCAAUGACAAUCACACAGGUAUGACAUUUAUUAGUUCAAGCAGGGUAAAAUAAUACAUAUUCACAGUACAA